CAGCAAUCACAGCUGCUUCACACUGACCUUUCGACCUCUUCAACAGCCACCACGCCACCCAAUUAUUCAAUUUCUUUAAUCCCCCGAAUCUCAAACCCCAAAAUGUCUUCAGCUACAGUACUCCCCAGACGCAUGGCCGCCUCCCUCGCCAGCUCUCUCUCCUUCAAGUCCGGCCUUCCUCUCCGCUCUCACCCUCAAUCCUCCGCUUCCCUCGGAUUCUCCACCUUCCGCCGAAGCUUCGUCGUUUCGUCCUCAGCUUUUGCCAAUGAAAACCGCGAGUUUGUGAUCGUCGGCGGCGGCAAUGCGGCUGGCUACGCCGCCAGGACUUUCGUCGAGAAUGGAAUGGCCGACGGGCGCCUGGCUAUUGUAUCCAAAGAGGCUCAUGCGCCGUAUGAGCGUCCAGCUCUGACUAAAGGCUAUUUGUUCCCAUUGGAUAAGAAGCCGGCUCGCUUGCCGGGGUUUCAUACAUGUGUUGGAUCUGGUGGGGAGAGGCAGACGCCUGAAUGGUAUAAAGAGAAAGGGAUAGAGAUGUUCUAUGAGGAUCCGGUUACAAAUGUUGACAUCGAGAAGCAAACCCUGACUACUGAUUCAGGGAAACUGUUGAAGUAUGGAUCACUUAUAAUUGCUACAGGAUGCACUGCCUCAAGACUGCCAGAGAAAAUAGGAGGAAACCUACCUGGUGUUCAUUAUAUCCGGGAUGUGGCUGAUGCUGAUGCCCUUAUAUCAUCAUUGGAGAAAGCACAGAAGGUGGUCAUUGUCGGUGGUGGUUAUAUUGGUAUGGAGGUUGCAGCAGCAGCUGCUGGUUGGAAACUUGAUACAACAAUCGUAUUUCCAGAGGGCCAUCUUAUGCAAAGACUGUUUACUCCUUCACUUGCCCGGAGAUAUGAAGAAUUCUACAAAGAGAAUGGUGUUAAAUUCUUAAAGGGUACCUCACUAAAAAAUAUAGAAGCUGGUUCCAAUGGACGUGCAACUUGUGUCAAGCUUGAAGAUGGAUCCAGUAUAGAAGCAGAUGCAGUAAUUGUUGGUAUAGGAGCAAAACCUUCUGUCGGCCCUUUUGAAAGAGUGGGAUUGGAUUCCAAUGUUGGUGGUAUACAGGUUGACGGUCUGUUCCGGACAAGUGUACCUGGAAUCUUUGCAGUUGGAGAUGUUGCAGCUUUCCCAUUGAAGAUGUACAAUCGUAUAGCACGGGUUGAGCAUGUAGAUCAUGCUCGUCGAUCUGCACAGCAUUGCAUUAAAGCCUUACUGACUGCACAAACUCACACAUAUGAUUAUCUUCCAUCUUUCUACUCGAGGGUAUUUGAGUAUGAAGGAAGCCCGAGGAAAAUAUGGUGGCAAUUUUAUGGGGACAAUGUUGGAGAGACAGUUGAAGUUGGGAAUUUUGAUCCUAAGAUUGCAACCUUCUGGAUAGACUCGGGUAAACUGAAAGGUGUUCUUGUUGAAAGUGGAAGCCCUGAGGAACUUCAACUCCUUCCAAAACUUGCAAGGAGCCAGCCUCUUGUUGAUAAAGCCAAGCUUCAGAAUGCAUCUUCAGUUGAGGAGGCACUAGCCAUUGUUGGGUCAUCACUAAAGGCUGGAGCUGCGGUUUAGUCUGGAAUAGUGCUGCCUUAAUUAUGCAUUGUCCAUCGUAAGAUUCAUAACCCCUCGAAUUUUGCAUCUUUUGACAAUGCAUCAGCUCUUGGUGAACUUAUGAUAUUGCUGCAGGAUCGAUAGGACACUGAUAGAGAUUGUAAAAUGCAACUGGUAACAGGUUCAUUACUUGGUUAAUGUUGCAAGAUUAGUUAUAGGCAAAGAAUAAAAGGAAGCUAUGGAGCUGUAGUUGUAUACGGUCAGUGUUACUCAGCAUAAUAAAUUCGAUCCGAGCAUUUUGUGGCAA